GGGUGAUGGUGGGUAUGUCAUGGGGUAUGUUCUCCGGUAUGCAGCCGUUUUUCUUUAUGUGUAACUUUGAAGGAGGAUUAGACCAAGCGGGUGUGGACAGUGAUGAAGUCACGCUAAGUGUGUCUAUAGUUGGCAACCCGUCGUACUACACACCUGGGCAGAUGUAUCAGGUAAGCAUCUCUUCCAGUCGUCAAUUUGAUGGAUUGAUGAUAACCGGAGUAUAUCCAACAAUGAAACAGCAAACAAUGUUCAAUCCGUUUAUGUCUCCCAUGAUGAAUCCUGCUCCCGUGGCAACUGGUCAGACCUACAUGUGUUCCAUUGUUCAUCAGCAUCUCAGUAUGCAGCCACAAACUGUCAUCAACUUUCUGUGGUUUGGACCCGCUAAAGAUACUGGAUGUGUAAAUUUUCUUGCAACAGCUUCUCUUGGUCAACAGUUCAUUUUUAAAGACACGCUAGCAUUGGAACUUUGUGAAGAAGGAGAGGAAGUAUUCGUUGAACAACUCGUACAGCGCAAAGAUGUCAUUUUACAGACAAUGAUAUUACGAGAUAACUUUGACAAGUCGCCUGACUUGGACUCAUCACUUUGGUCUGAGUUACAAGGAGGCAGUGUGAGCCAGGAAUGUGGUCCAGUUAUCCAAGGUAACUCUGUGGUAUUCUGUCAGCCGACUGGUACAAGAGAAAUCAGCACAGUCCAUUUAAACGCAACAACUGGUUCUGUCAUACAGUUUGCAAUCAGUGAGUAUAUGCAAGCUAAAUAUAGAUCUAGAGGUGCAGGUACUUGUAAAGCUGGUUAUGCUGACUAUAGUAUUGAAGUGUCUUAUGCUCUUAGGGACACCGUUGACUGGCAUCUCAUUGAUAAAGUCAGUGCCCCCAUAUCUGAUGAAACCAACAUUCAUAUAGUUCACCUGCCAGAAGAAGCAAGGACUGAAGAUUUAGUAUUAAGAUGGCAUCAAGAUAUCGCUAUGGAUGUAUACAGGUUCCAAGGCUGCUGGGCCCUGGAUAAUGUAUUAAUUGUCAAUGCAGUUGACAAACCAACAACCUUACAAGAUGACUUUGAUCCAGUGAAUCCAACGAACUGGCUCUUUUACCCGACUGCCAGUAUUAAGAAUAAAUGUUACUCUGAUGGAAAAGCAUUGGUGUUUCAUGGUAGUCAUGACAACCAGCAGGGUCAUCAGUUUGUGACAUCCAGAGAUGUCAAUCUGUAUCAGGAGAGCUCCCAAGAUGCUUUGUUUGAAGAAAAUUUUGAGGCAUCAUCACUUCUUUUUGGUUGGGAGGUUUCUGGUAGCACUAUUGGAGACAUGUGUGGUGCCAUACAUGAUGGAUACUCUGCCAUAUUUAAUGGAAAACAUGACAGAAGAUUAUGUACUCCAUAUAUCAACACAGAUGAUGUUCACAAUCUGAAAUUCUAUUUUGCUAUGGGCAGUGGAACAUGUGAUCCUGGUGAUUCAGUGGAUGUUGAAGUGUCACUAUAUGCCCAACAAUCUGGAUUGGAAGAUUUGUAUCUAUUGAAAUCCAUGGAUUAUCAAGCAUACAGGAAACCAAAACUGAUAUCUGUGGCUGUUCCAAGCAAUGCGCAGACCCUCUCUACCAGAUUCUGUUUUAUACAAUACCAACAUGACGGAGAGAAUAGACAUGUAUGGGCUGUGGACAACUUUCAGAUGUUACCAAGGUUACCAAGCAAUGUCAACAAGUAUCUACAGUUUAGUCUGAAUCUAGAAUGUGGAUCAACUCAUCCAGCCAAUCAAAUUGUAGUUGAGAUGUCUACUGAUCAUGGUACCAGCUGGUCAUUGGUCCAUUCAUCUUGUCUUCCUGGUAACUGUACUGGAUCUCAUUGGUCGGAAACUACAAUAUACACGCAGAUGAACAUGAUGGGUGAGUGGUUUCGAACUAUAGUACCACUUCCAUAUACAACACUAACAAGAUCUACUAGAUUCCGAUGGACACAACCUGACAUAGGCAUUUCAACAAACUGGGCACUGGACAGUGUGUACAUUGGUGAUGGAUGUGGUGAUGGUAUGUGUUCUGGACAUGGAUUCUGUACUGGUAAAGGAUGCAGUUGUGAUGCUGGUUAUUCUGGGCCGAAGUGCAACAUCUAUUCUGAGCCACUCCCCACCCACCUGAGAGAACACUUUGAAAGUGAACUAUUAGAAGAUGAUUAUCAGUUCUCAGAAAUCUUAGGAGGACAAAUAGGUUUUCAAUGUGGUAUUUUAUCACAAGGCAAGUCAUUCGUAUUCAACCAAGCAGGAAGUAGAAUUCUGAAAACACAGGAAUUAGAUACAACCACAACAAGAUACGUACAGUUCACAAUAAGACUUGGAAGUUAUUCCACUGUUGGUGGAUGUCAGCCACCUGAUAUAGUUACUGAGAGUGUCUUUGUACACUAUAGUUGUAAUGGUGGUAUUGUAUGGAAUUUACUUGAUGCAUUGAACUUCCAGCUAUACCAACAACCAAAAGUUGUAACACUGUGGUUGCCCGUCGAUGCUCACAAACCUGGCUGUAUGUUUCGAUGGUGGCAACCAACCAACUCAGGCUUAAAUAAAGAUGUUUGGGCUAUUGAUGAUAUUACCAUAGCAACUGUACUUCAUAAUACCAUCUCAAGUGACUUUAGCGAUACUCAGAUUGUGAAUGAAGCAUUCAGUUUUCACCGUGGAGAGAUCAAAGACGCGUGCGGCUACAAGAAGGCAUUCAGUUUCUCAGGCACAGCCGAACCAGGAAAUAUACGUUACAUUGAGACUCAGUCCUUGCAAUUGGGACCCUCAUCAAUGGUACAGUUUGAUCUUAUGAUGGGAUGUGGCCAACCAUAUAACAGAAAUAGUGAACAAGAUAACCGAGUAUACUUUGAUUACUCUACCACACAUGGGUUGACAUGGCAACCAGUUGUUGAUAGUUGUCUGCCACCGGCAUCAGGAUGUGAUGAGUACAAACCAAGUAGUGUAUAUGACGACACAGAGUACAAAUUAUGGACUAGAAUCUCUGUACCUUUGAAGUCUGGUGUUAGUUCAGUUCCUGUUCGUUUCCGUUGGUUACAGUCUUCUUUCACUGGUAAUGACAGUUGGGCUAUUGAUAAUGUCUAUAUCGGUCAGCAAUGUCCAGAUUACUGUCAUGGACAUGGAAGAUGCCAUGAUGGAGAUUGCAGAUGUGAUCCAGGAUAUAGUGGUGAUACUUGUACCCCAGACUAUCCACUGGUAUCCACAUUAAGAUCAGAUUUUGAAGAUUAUGUCUUACUGCAAUCUGAUUGGCUAGCCAUUCAUGGUGGGUAUGUUGUCAAUGGCAACCAAGGAUGUGGAGUCAUCACCUCUGGUUUAUCAUUAUAUUUUUCAGAAGAUGGCAUUCGUCAACUUGUCAGUCUAGACAUGAAUACGCAGGUUGCCAGUUUUGUCCAGUUUUACAUUCGUAUCGGAGGUGGAGGUGUAUACUGUGUAGAUUCCAGGAAUAGAGAGGAAGGAGUCUUACUGCAAUAUUCUAAUAAUGGUGGAAUUACAUGGACUUUACUGAUGGAAUUAUACUAUCAAGAUUACACAGAACCAAGGUUUGUGCACAAAGAAUUGCCAUCAGCAGCCAGGACUCCAUCAACAAGAUUCCGAUGGUGGCAACCGUCACAUUCUGGCGCUGGGUAUAACCAAUGGGCCAUAGAUGAUAUUUACAUUGGUAGUGAUAAUAGUCUCAAUAGUCUACAAGCGGAUUUCCAGAAUGCUGAUAUAUCACUGGUAAUAUCAGAUAUAUGGACGUCUAUCUCUAAUGGUAAUGUUGGUCAGUUAUGUCAUUCUGAUGGCACUGCGUUGGUGUUCAGUGGAAACAAUGGUGACAGAUAUGCCAUAACAGAAUACAUGAACCUACAAAUAAGGGAUAUCAUACAGUUUAAGAUUGUCAUUGGAUGUGGUCAAGACUUCCAAACACAUAAUCCAGUUUAUUUACAAUACUCGGUGGAUGCUGGCCUACACUGGAAUCUGGUUAUCAAGCCGUGCCAUCCAUUUAUUAAAAGCGAUGAUUACUGCGAAGGAUUAACUGAUGAUUAUCAGGAUGGGAGUGUCUAUCAUAUGGGAUUAUACAAUAAAUGGAGAUUAGUGGUAAUCCCUGUAGAUGAAGACCUGACUGGAAGAAAAAUACAGUUUCGCUGGUUGCAGCCCAGUGAUAAAAGUGCACCAGAUUUUGCUUUGGAUGAUGUGUAUAUUGGUCCAGCUUGCCCAGAUAUGUGUAAUGGCAGAGGUGUGUGUUUCCAAGGUGAAUGUGUUUGUCAACAAGGUUUCCAUGGUUCAAGCUGUACUGCUGUGAUACCACCACCAACCAGUGCUAGUGACAGGUUUGAUGGUAAUGAUUUCAGUGGAGUCUGGGAGUUGGUGGUAGGUGGUGAGAUUGGUACAAGUUGUGGUAUUCUGGCAAGAGGUCAUUCCAUGUACUUUGGUCAAAUUGGACCAAGAGAGGGCAGAACGGCUGAACUGAACACUACCACAACCAAGAUUCUUCAGUUCUACAUACGUAUUGGCAGUACUAAUCUUGGUUCGACGUGUGGGAUUCCAGUGAGUAGGCAGGAAGACAUCAUCAUACAGUAUAGUAGGAACCACGGCAUAACAUGGCAUAUGUUACAUCAGUUAGAUGCCAAGUCAUUUAGUUUAAAUCCUGAGUUGGUAACUAUAGAGCUACCAAGAGAUGCUAAAUCAGAUUCUACUUCGUUUAGGUGGCUUCAGCCCUACUUACAACAAGGUUGAUCACAGUGGGCACUAGAUAAUGUACUGAUAGGUGCCAAUGACACAUGUUCCUAUGGAUUCCAAGAUGAUUUCCACCCUGGUGAGUCAAAUAUGUGGUAUAUGAUACAUGGAGGACAACCACAAUCAACAUGCCAAUCCAAAGACUAUGCUCUGUACUUUGAUAGCAAAGAAGGAACAUCUCGAUAUGCAGAAACCUGGGACUUCCAUGUGACCACAUCUACCUUCUUACAGUUUGAACUGAUGAUGGGAUGUGGUGAGGUAUUCACUGAGGAAAGCAGUGUAAGACUUGAAUACUCACUUGAUAUGGGUAAAACAUGGCAGCUGGUAUUACAAGAAUGUGUGCCUCCAAAUAUUGGUUGUCAUAGUUACCACCAAGAGAGUGUUUAUAUAUCCCAGUUGUACUCUAAUAAAACUAGAGUUAGUGUCUAUCUGCCGCCUGCUACAAGUUCACCUGCUACAAGAUUCCGUUGGAUCCAGCCUGAGUUCGCUGAUAGAAAGGACAACUGGGCCUUAGACUAUGUAUAUUUAGGUGAUGAAUGUCCAUGGAUGUGCUCAGGUCAUGGAAAGUGUUGUACAGGAAAAUGCAAAUGUGACAGUGGUUACUUUGGUUACAACUGCGUACCACUGUAUCCAUUACCACCAUUAGUAAAAGAUAACUUUGAUGAUGAUAUUAAUAGCGACACUUGGCCGUAUUAUUAUGGUGCUGACAUCAGCAAAUCAUGUGGUACAUUGAUCUCAGGUAGCGCUCUGGUCUUCUCCAAGUCUGGUUUAAGAAUGUUGGAAUCAGCCAGUGUCGACAGUACUAAUAUGGAAUACGUCCAGUUUACUGUUAAGUUUGGAUGUGGUCACCAAGAUGAAGGUGGUCAUGCUGACUGCUCACGUGGUAUCUUAGUCCAGUAUUCCAACAAUGGAGGAAUCACCUGGCACUUAUUGGAGGAAAUAAUGUACGAUUCAGAUCACAGCACACCAAGCAAUGUCAACAUUCAGUUGCCAAUGGCAGCCAAGCUGAAUGCAACCAAAUUCAGAUUAUGGCAACCCAAAAAUUCAGGAGAAGAUCAAGACGUCUGGGCCAUUGAUAACAUUAUAUUUGGUGGUAAUAGUAAACAAAGUAAUGUCAUCAAAGAAGAUUUCACUAAUGGGGUCUCUGAAUCAGAUUGGUUGUUUUAUCCAGGUAGUCAUGUUGGACCAUUCUGUCCUCCGAGAUUUCCGUCAGGGUAUGACAAGCGAAAGGAAUAUGAUAGGAUUGCCUUAGUAUUCGGUGAUCAUACUGGGGAGCACUCUGUGACCACUCGGGAUGUCCACGUUUCUGAAGAAAGUGUACUACAGUUUGAGAUCAAUAUUGGAUGCAGUGAACUUGGAUCAGCAGAGCAUUCUGUGUAUCUGGAAUACUCGCGUGAUUAUGGAGCGACUUGGACAUUAUUACAACCCUUGUGUAUUGGUAUCGAGAAAGCCAACAGUGUAUGUGAGAAUCAAAUGCUACCAGCCAGUAUAUAUUAUAGAGGUGCUACAGAGGAUUGGCAGAGAUAUAUUAUAUCGUUAGCACCGCUUCAUAUAUGUGGCAAUGUUCGUUUCCGAUGGUACCAAGGUGUUUAUAAAGCCGGAGAGACGUCCAUCGCAUGGGGUUUAGAUGACGUAUACAUUGGUGAUAAAUGUCCUGAUUUCUGUAGUGGUCAUGGUGUGUGUCUUGGAAACAAACAAUGUCAGUGUGAUCAGGGCUACGCAGGACCGAACUGCUAUGCUGUGAAAUUCAAUCCAAGAUUCUUGAAAGAAUCAUUUGAAAGUAAAGAAGUAAACUCCUUAAAGUUCACCCAGUGGAGUGGUGGUGUAAUCACUGAGAAAUGUGGUAUUUUAAUUACUGGUAAAAGUCUUCACUUUGUUCAUAAUGGUAUAAGAAUGCUAUUGACUACUGAUAUGGACCUUACAACAACAAGUUCAAUUCACUUCUACAUCAAGCUAGGUUGCUCUCCAAGAUCACCAAGCCCCAAGAACCGCCCUGUGUUGUUACAGUUCUCGUCAAAUGGUGGCCUUUCCUGGUCAACCAUGGAGGAACUACACUUCAUGCAUGACACAAACAAACCAGCAUAUGUUGCUGUGGAAUUACCAUGGGAAUCUAGAACCAAUUCUACCAGGAUACGGUGGUGGCAACCUUCCAGUGAUGGUACCUACAUUGAUGAAUGGGCAAUUGAUCAGCUCAGGUUAAAAAGAUUUCUGGUUUUAGUGUUUGAAGUUGUUAUUUGCUUUAUAUCAGUACAGAUUCCAGCAGCUGCCAGACGUAGUGGUGCCAGACUCAGAUGGUGGCAGCCGAAACACUCCGGACAAGGAAAGAAUGACUGGGCCAUUGAUAACGUUCUUUUGGCAGGGUCUGAGUCACUGUCGAACUCGCUGAAGGACAGAUUUGAUGAUAGUGAACUUGACCCUCAUUGGCUUUACUUGGACAACUCCGGAUUAGGUAGUUUCUGUCAGGCAGACAGCACUACAAAUGAUGUUUUUAAUAUUGUUCAACAAGUGGGAGACACGAAUGUACCACUAGCACCAGCUCUGAUUGGUUUGCCAGCUAAAGGGGAGAACGUCUCUAUAAUAACCGAGGACUUACUUCUUGAUAAAGACUCAAUUCUUCAAUUCAAGAUCAGUGUUGGGUGUAAUAAAACCAGUUCAUCUACAAUUCUACCAGUACAUCUCACAUACUCCACUGAUCAUGGCAUGACUUGGUCUUACCUCAUUCCACAAUGCCUCCCUUAUGACCCACAAUGCAAUGGUGAAGUUACUCAGCCAAGCGUGUAUUUUGCCAAUGUGGGAUGGCGGAGGGUAACAAUAAACCUGCCAGAGAAAGUCUUGGAGAGACCUGUGAGAUUCCGAUGGUGGCAGGAAGGUAAAUCUGAUCCACCCACUCCACAAUGGGCAAUUGACGACAUCUUUAUAUCUCGGUCUUGUCGCAAUAUAUGCAAUGGACAUGGAACGUGUGAUUACCCACAAUGCAUUUGUGAUGAUGGUUACUAUGGUGUACAUUGUGGAGGGUUGGUUACUACACUGCAGACAACCAUCAAAGAACGUUUCAGAGAACCUGAUGCUGAUGUUUGGUCACUUAUACAAGGUGGUAAGAUAGUAACUGGCAGAUAUUCAUGUGGUAUCAUCCGUGAAGAGUCAUCACUAUAUUUCCAUGGUUACGGCCUGAGACAAUUGGAAACAAUCGAUUUAGACCUCAGAGGAGCAAGUUUCAUACAGUAUCAUGCUGUAGUUGGUAGUCAUAGCGACACUGAUACCUGUGAGAAACCAAUCAGUAGGAAUGAGAACGUUAUCAUCCAGUAUUCAAUAGAUGGAGGAAUAAGUUGGCGUUUAUUGCAUGAACUAGACUAUGAACAUUAUUUAACUCCACAACAGGAUUACAUUCCAUUACCAACAAAAGCUAGAACAGAGAGUACUAAAAUAAGAUGGUGGCAACCUGUUGACAUGGAAACGUACCGCUACCAAGCCCAGUGGGCAAUAGAUGAUAUUUUAAUUGGUGGCAGUGACAUCAAUCCCAGCUUCAUUGCUGAAUAUCUUGAUAAUAAAAACAUUGCAGAGGACAACUGGGAAUUUUAUCAAGCCAUCCUGACCCAUGGAGUCUGUGGUAACCAUGGUUACAAUUUCUACUGGCAAGGUGGCAAAGGUGAUACAAGUGACAACACCAUGGCAACCAGGCAGUUGAUAGUGACAGACAAUUUUAUGAUCCAAUUUAAGAUUGUUGUUGGUUGUGGUAGCCAGACAGAUCAUUGCUCUUCAGAUGAACCAGUGAGAUUGGAAUACAACACAGAUCCAGUGAAACCAAGAUGGCAGCUGUUAGAAUCUUUGUGUUUACCCGGUAUAGUAGACCAUGUAGAGUGUUUGCCACAUUAUUACCAUACAGAUAGUGUUUAUGAUACUAAUGGAUAUAACCAGUGGACAAGAAUUGUUAUGCAGUUACCAGAUACUACAAUAUCAAGCUCUACUCAGUUUCGUUGGAGACAGCCAUCAGCUACCCGCCAAGCACCAAGCUGGUCCCUAGACGAUAUUUACAUUGGUGAACAAUGUCCACAAUUAUGUAAUGGUCAUGGUAUAUGUGUUGAAACCAAACGGUGUAUAUGUGAUGCCGGUUAUCAUGGAGAAAGCUGUGAAUUGCCGAUAUCUAAGUUACCACGUUACAUGAUAGAGACAUUUGAAGCUGCCAUUACAUCUAGCAAAUGGUCGUCUGUACGAGGUGGUGCUAUCGGUAGAGGAUGUGGAUCAUUACUACCGUAUGCACAUGGUAAAAACCUGUACUUCAAUGGAUGCGGUAUCAGAGAAGCUGUUACCAUAGAGAUGGACACAACAAAGGCUAGGUAA